UUUGUUUCCCACUGCAUUUGGCUGUGUGUCGCAUUAUAUUGCCGGUGUGGGUGCAGUACGCUGCCCUCAUUCCCGGGUUGGCAGCCGUCUUUGUGUUUGCGGCACGCACGACACACGUGGCGCAAUACUCCGAUGUUAGUAAACAGCAGUGGAUUCUACUCAUGUGGUUUCGCCUGGAUUUUAUGUGCAUCAUGAGUGUGGUGGCCCUUUGUGGUGCCGGUGCGUGGCUGGUCGCAGGGUGUAUGUUUGCCGUUGCUCUUUAUCUGGCCCACCGUGUCAUGCGCAUUGAGAAGCGCCUGGCCCACCUCACACAUGAGACGCAGCUGGUGCGGGGCGAAGUGGACAUUGAGCACGUCUAUCUGCCAGGGAGUGAGCAGGCCGAGCGGGCAUUGGCAUCCUCGGAUGUGCAAGGGUACAACGCUCUCAAGUAA